GAUGACUAAUAUAUCUAGACUUCUAACAUGUUAGUUAUUACGUAACAGGCUUGUCAUGAGGUAAAAUGCUGGCCUUCAUUAAUUGUUAUUAUUGUCAUCAUGAAGUGGAGGAACAGUUGAAGCAGCAGGACAGAAAAGUGCUGAACAGAUUUGCAAACUAAAUCCAAGUAUGAACAGAAAUGAUUUGGUUCGAUUGGACUUCCCUGGGUCUUGUGUGUCUGUGACAGCAGUGAGUAAACCAGCUGGUGGUGCAUGUGGUCUUUAGUAAAUCUGCUCUUCGCUCAGAGCAGCAGCACACAUUAGUGUGUCAGGAGCAGCACGCGCGCUCCCCUCUCUGCGUGACUCUUUUCCUCUUGUGUGAUUUUCCCUGUUUCUGUUUGACACGAAUGGCGGCUCUAACCCACUCACUUUGAGUAUGGCCGAGCACAGGACAGGAAAAUGAGGAACACAACUGGCUUGGCACUCAGAGGAGCCGGCCGACCGGAGGAGUUACCGGCGCACCGAGCUUUAACCGGCUGCGUCUUGGCGCUACUCAUCAUUUGGACGCUUUUGGGCAACUUCACAGUUUGCGCAGCUGUUUAUCGAUACCGACACCUGCGUACCAAAGUGACCAACAUCUUCAUCGUCUCCCUGGCUUUGUCGGACCUCCUGGUCGGCGUGCUGGUGAUGCCGUGGAAAGCUGUGGCUGAAGUGGCUGGUUUCUGGCCGUUUGGAGGAUUCUGUAAGACCUGGCUGGCCUGUGACAUCAUGUGCUCCACGGCCUCCAUCCUUAACCUGUGCGUCAUUAGUGUGGAUCGGUACUGGGCCAUCUCCAGCCCGUUCCGCUAUGAGAGGAGCAUGAACAAGAAGGUGGCGUCUGUCAUGAUCGGAGUGACCUGGACAGUCUCUGUGGUCAUCUCCUUCGUUCCUGUUCAGCUCAACUGGCACCGUGCGGAGAUCGGGGAUCCAGCCGGAGGGGAUUUGGCGCCUCAGGAUAAGUCUUCUGAUGGGAACUGUGACUCCAGUCUGAGCCGCACAUACGCGAUCUCCUCCUCUCUCAUCAGCUUCUACAUCCCCGUGGCUAUAAUGAUUGUCACAUACACGCGUAUUUAUCAAAUAGCCCAGAUGCAGAUCCGUAUGAUUUCCUCCCUGGAGCGUGCGGCGGAGCGCGCGCAAAGUCGCCGCUCAGAUGUGCACGAACAGCUCCCUCACCUGUGCGUGGAGAUGGGUGCCAACUCAUAUCAUCAGUCUAUCCAUCUUCAUGAAUCCCAGCGCUCCCAUCAGACACACCGGGAGCUCAGAAUGUCCUUAGGGAAAGAGACCAAAGUCCUCAAAACUCUGAGCAUCAUCAUGGGCGUUUUUGUCUGCUGCUGGUUGCCUUUUUUUGUUCUGAAUUGCGCUCUGCCCUUCUGUCCCGGGCCAGAGGCCCCUGGGGCCCACCGAGGCCCGUACUGUGUCAGUGAAAAAACCUUCGAUGUCUUCGUGUGGAUAGGUUGGAGCAAUUCCUCUCUCAACCCUAUCAUCUAUGCGUUUAACGCAGACUUUAGAGACGCCUUUCUGCGCUUGUUGCGCUGCCGCGGACGAGGCUGCUGUGCCGCCGUGAGCGCAGCGGUGGAGACGGUGAUGGCGAGUAACGAGGCCGGACAUCCGAGGCAGGAGAGCCCUCUGAACGUGAAGUUGAGCGUCUCUGGUGCCGCACAAACCAGAGAAAGUGAAGAUAGCGGGAACACCACCGUGACUGUGCUUUAUCACAGAGGGCCGACCACGGAGCAGGUGACUGACACAGAGGAGAGUAAAGACAAAGGCGGACUGACGCACAUACCCAUGUAA